AGUGCGACAAAACAAUAGUCGAGGCGAUAUAAGGAUGAGUUUGCCAUUGAGAAAGGCAAUUGCAUUAUUUUCUUUUCUGGCGCAGUUUCUUAGCGAUUUUCGAAAUGUACAGUUUAUUUCUUGCGGUCACUCUCCUUGGCAGUAUUAUCAGCACACACGCCUCUCCCACACCUAUUGCGGAGAAUGAAAAUGUGGCGGCUCAAAAGUAUUUAGCGAAAAUUCACGCCCAGCUGGCGGAUUAUUUCAGGACGAUUGAAAACUACUUUAUAUCCGUUCUGACAGUUGGAAAUCAGAGACUGAAUAAAGUGGACGAGAAACUUGACAAAAUUUUAAAUAUCUUGAACCAAUUAGAGCUAAAUAAUGGUGCACCGUCAAAAAUGCAGAGAGUUUCGCAAGAAAGCAGUCUUAUGAUUCCAGAAGAUAUACAGCCUGCUGCUUUGGUACCCGUUCAAGAAAAUUCACAACCGGCCAGCACUUCCACAACUGCAAAAGCCAUCGACUUAAAAAAGCAGCCAGAAGAACCAGAGUAUUUUUUACCAGAAGCCAAGGAGGUCAAUCUUAAUUAUUUUUUCAGCCAAGAUAUGAAAAAUUGGUUUGCGGCAGAGGAAUUUUGCGACUCCCUAAAUUGGACAUUAGCGUCUAUCAACUCGGACGCUGAAGUUCAGCUUCUCUGGAAACUGAUGCCUCAUAAUGAUGAGUGUUACUGGACUGGGGCAAGUGACAUCGGGUACGAGCCUGGCGACUACCACUGGUCGGCAAGUUUCGCGGGCGAACCCGGCGGACGAGUGUCCAAAGGCCUGUGGGGCGUCGGACAGCCCAACGACUUCGGCAAGGACAAGUCGACGUGCGUGGUGAUUUGCGGUAAGAGGCUGUUCGACUUCUCCUGCCUCGACUCGGACAACUAUUUCAUCUGCAAAAAUGCCGACUGAUUGCGGUCUGUUUGGUCAAAUUGCUUUGAGAGAAACAAUAAAUAUAUAA